CGACCCCAGAGAACCAGUUUUGAUCAUCAGCAGUUAUGCUACAGGUUCUCCAGCUGAAGCUGCAACAGAGACGGUCCCGAGAGGAGUUGGUCAACCAGGGGAUCAUGCCGCCACUGAAGAGUUCAGCUGCCUUCCACGAACAGAGACGGUGCUUGGAACGUGCACGCACUGAGGAUUAUCUGAAGAGGAAGAUCAGGACUCGACCAGAGCGAUCAGAGCUGAUUAGGAUGCACAUCCUGGAGGAGACGUCGGCGGAGCCGUCACUUCAGGCCAAGCAGCUGCAGCUGAAGAGAGCUCGCAUUGCCGAUGAUUUGAACGAUAAGAUCUCCCACCGGCCGGGGCCCAUGGAGCUGAUCCACAAAAACAUCCUGCCUGUUCACUCCAGCAUUAAACAGGCCAUCAUAGAGACACAGUUUCCAAAGGCUUCAGGUGAUAACUCGUCAUGUGAUGAGGACAGCAAUUACAGCCUGUCUCCAGAACAGCCAGUAAGCCAGGAGUCUCCUCUGGGUCUGCUACCUCUGCCCUCUCCCCCAGAGACACUGGCCGUGAGCAGCGUCCCAUCUCCUACACAGGUGCCUCCUCCUGUUCCUCCUGUCCCACCAAUCUCUGGGUCCUCCCCCUCAUUGAAGCUGACCAAUGGGACAGCAGCAUCAUCUGCCCAGAGGAUGGGUGUGAUCUCACAGGUCAAGUACCAGCCUAAACCGAACUCUGACCGCUCCGGCCAGAAACAUAAGAAACUGAAGGACAACAAGCCAAAGAUUAAAAAGUUAAAAUACCAUCAGUACAUCCCGCCUGACCAGAAGGGAGAUAAAGAGCCUCCUCCCCAUCUGGACUCAUCUUACGCCAAAAUCCUCCAGCAGCAGCAGCUCUUCUUGCAGCUCCAGAUCCUCAAUCAGCAGCAGCAGCACUACAACUACCACGCCAUCCUGCCUGCACCACCCAAACCUCAGACAGAUCUGCAGCCAUCCUCCUCCUCCAGUUCCAUGACCACCUCCUCCCCACCUCGAUCUGUCGCCGACCCUUCAACGGCCCCUUCUUACCAGGGCAGUCAGAGCUGUCAGAGUUCUGCUGCUUUAGGUGGGAUAAAACCAGCGUCUCUACCUCCAAACCUGGAUGAAAUGAAGGUCGCAGAACUGAAGUCAGAGUUGAAGCUUCGGAGCUUGCCGGUCUCCGGCACCAAAAACGACCUCAUUGAAAGGCUGAGGACCUACCAGGAAGUGAAUGGAGGCUGUGACACUACCUCCUCUCCAACAGCAGGGGGUACCACAGAGCUGGGGGCUGAAGGAGCAGGAAAAUCCUCCAAAACUGAUGCAGCCACCGCCAACGAAAAUACAUCACAACAACAACAACAACAGUUCCAGUUUCAGUGCCAUCAGACACCUCUGACCGGUCAGUCAGUUGAUGCUGCCAGCCCAGCGGCAGCCCCUCCUCAGCAGCUCAUCACCUGUGGUGGCACCGUCCACCCCACAAGUGUCUCACUCGCCCCCUCUGACCGCUCGCCGGGCGCCACGAGCCCAGAAGAUACCAGCUUUGACAGCGAUCCCUUGUCAGAAAUGAUGAGUUCCCCUCUCACCCACCUGAGCCUUCAGCCAUGUUCAGCUGCUCAGCUUCCAGUGAACAUUAAAGAAGAGCUGAAGUGCUCCACCCCAGCACCUUGUCAGUUCUUUUUAAAGCCAGCCUCUCUGCAGAAACAUUGUCCGGUCUCAUCCACCGCCCCCACCACUACGACUGCAGCUCCAGUGGCGGCUGUGGACAAAGACAAGAUGCUGCAGGAGAAAGACAAGCAGAUAGAGGAGUUGACCAGGAUGCUGAGGCAGAAACAGAGGCUGGUGGAGGUGCUGAGGAUGCAGCUGGAGCAUGGGAAGAGAGGAGGACGAGUUCCAGAGCCACUGGUUCUUGUGAGAGUUAAACAAGAACCUCCUGAUAAGCCCAGUGUCCCUCUCUCAUUUGGCCAUCCACCAGUACCCCGUACACCAUCAUCCGUCUCAUGUGAGAUGGAUGUUAGCAAGGUAACAGUCAAACAGGAAGCCAUUGAGGCUGAGGAUGUUGAAUCUGAGACAACGGCACAAUUAUCAGACACUCAUGGAGUACCGCAGUCUUUGACCCAAACUCAGGAGGCGCAAAACAAGCCAGAGCAGAUGAGCACACAGAUGAAACAACAACAUAUAUGCCUCCAGCAAACUGCUCUGCAGUUUGCCCAGCAACAGGCCAUACAGAAACUUCUGCUACAGCAGCAGCACAACGUCCAGAGCCAGCAGCAGACCAUCCAGAACGGCGGACAGACGCUGGAGAAUCAGCAGAACCUGCAGAAACUGUCUCAGCAGAGAAAGAAGAAGUCUCACAAACAGCAGCUCAAACAGCAGCAGCAGCAGCAGCAGUCCAAACAGCACCAACAGCAGAUGCAGCUGAAGCAACAGAUUCUACUGAAGCAACAAAAGUCGUUUCUACAGCAGCAGAACAAGCAGCAGCAUCAGACUAAACAACUGCAACAAAUCCAAAUACAGACCAAGAUACAGCUGAAGCAACAGCAGGUGCUAAUACAGCAGAAACAACAGGUGCAGCAGCAGUCGACACAGGAACCUCAACCGUACCUCAGCCAACAGCCAGGCUCAGCCCCCUCUUUCCCUCUGGAUCUCCUUAAAAGUAACUCCGCUCCGACUCUGGUCACCGACCGCAACGGUAACCACUUCCUGAUCGCACUGACCAGUCACAUCACUGAAAACCAAAGAACUGCUGCACCUCAGAGCAAAGCAGCCAAUCAAAUCACACUGCAGCGACUACAGUCCACCCCAGCCAAGCUCCCUGGACACAACCCUGCUCAGCUGCCGAGAGCUGAUAAUGAAACCAAACAGAGCGUGCACAAGGGAUUCUUGAAACAACAAAAAACAAAGCCACUGAACGGGGGACUUCAGGUACCUGUGGACCAGCCUCAGCAGGACGUUUCUCCGUGUCUGUCCGCACCUCCCAGUCUGCAGCCUUUCUUCAAGGACCAGGAGACUGCUCCCUCAGGGAAAAACACCUCAUCGCCGUCCUCUCAAGUUGAGUCGUUCCCUGGUCUGGAUGUCUUGUUCAGUCCUCUGUCUCCAGCUUCCUUUCAGACCGCCGCCUUGUCGCCUGAUAACAAAGAUACAGAGCAGGAAGAUGAUUUUAUUGACAUCAUUUUGCAGACAGGAGAAACGUCGACAACCUUUAAACCAGCACCAGAUCCUUCUCUGGACCGUCUAAAUCCAGACUCCUCAGCCUUUUCCCCUCCUCCCUCCCCACUCCAGCUGUUGCUGUCCCCCCCUAUUCCGUCCAACCUCGACACCCCACAGUCGGCCCCCUCGGUGCAGCCUGAGCUUCAGACUCCGGCCGUCAACAUAGAGGAGAAACAACACCUCAGCAACGCUGGUAGUGGCCGCCUGGAGGACUUUCUGGAAAGCACCACAGGUAAGCCUCUCCUGGGGGUGGAGCCUGGUGGACUGCUGACUUUGAUUGAUGACCUGCACAGUCAAAUGCUGUGCACCCCCAGCAUCCUGGACCAUCCCCCGUCUCCCAUGGAUACUUUCGACAUGGUGGUGGAGGGGGAGCAUGGGCUGGACAGCAUGGAUUGGUUGGAUCUCACUAUGGGAGGAGUGAGGGGAGAGGAAACCCCCACACUGGCCCCACUGGGGCCCCAAACACCCCCCAGUGUCUUUUCCACGGACUUCCUGGACAGUUAUGAUGUGCAGAUACACUGGGACUCCUGCCUAUAGCCCGCAGAUGGAAAAAAGGGCUGAGCUGCACGCACUCACACAGCUACACAUAAACACGCAAUUGAUUGCCGAGGCUUCAGUUUCUAAUUAGAGCACUCUUUCUGUAUCUUCUCACACACUGGUCGAUUGAAUCUUAUAGCACUUUGACCUUUAUUUAUUUUAUUUACACUGUGUAAUAUUGAUUUUUGACAGACACAGACACGUAUUAGGCAGGUCCUAUAUCUGUUAUACUUCUUUAGCAACAGUGUUGUCAACACAGCAGUGGGACUUCUGUGCAUUUAGGCCGAUAUUUGAUGAGACACUUUUAACUGAGCCAUGACCCUGUCACUUGCAUACGAAUAAAUCUCGUCUCUUUGUCACAGACACUGUGUUACAGCGGAGACGUGUAUCGGUUUAUUUGACCUUCUUCUAAUUAGAGUGCGAAUCCAUAGUUGCCUUUUGUAGUAAAGAUAAUCAAUAGUUUACCACUACAGGAAGAGGUACUGCUAAUCAAUAGCCAAAGUUAAGCUUAAAGACAAUGAUUUUCUAGCAACAUAUUAGCUCAUAGAGUGGAGUAGAGAUGAUGUUGAACCACCACUGGCUAUAAUUUCAAAAUACGAUGUAAUUUGAGGGGGUGACACUUUACUGAAUCGCUCUUUUUUUUUUGUAGCAAUUUUUGACAAUUGCAUUUGUAUUUCUCUGUAUCCUACAUCAUACAUCAGACAUCACAUACUAUACGUACAGCAGGUCUCAACUACUGUUUUGGAAAGUUUAAUUGGUUUAUAUCCUCUGCAGCAAUAGUUUGUUGCUGAAUAAAUACAGCUGUCUUACAUUUCGUGAUGGUUCCAUUAUCUGUCAACAGCUGUUCUGUUAAAAGGUUGCAGAGGGGUUUUCACACAGCUCUGGUGUUACAGCACAGUGACAUUACAAAACCUCAAAACCUGCUCAGAAUUCAGGCUUGAUUCCCAGAGAGAGAUGCAAGAAGCAUCUCACACCCUUUCUUCAGGAAAGAGAAUAUGUUGAGCACGUUGCAACAGUCAGUAUUGAAUGUUGUGCAUACACUCAGGCUGCGGGGGUAACAGUGACACAACAACAACAACACACUACUGUCCAUUAGAAUGUGCAAGAGCUUAUUGAUUUGACUCAUUUCAGGUAAUUCUAUAAAGAUGAAAGACACAAUGUGAGAAGAAAAGCUUAAACAUUUGAGCAUGUGCUCCAGUUGAAAUAAUUACACAGUAAGUGUAUUAUGACGGAACAUCUUGACUCAAAAUGCUUUUUGGAGCUGACAGCUCAUUGAUUCUGAGUAUUUCUGAGCUGUUUCCUGCAGCCUGUGAACUGAUUCACUGCAUGUAUCAGGUACUGAGCUGUGAGGUGGUGAUCCAAUGGUCCAAUUUAUUUGGGACAGUUUCGAAGGAAGUUGUUGAAAUAUGAAGUUGUCCGUAUUAAAUUGAUAUUUGCUAUUUUUGCAUAUUCGGAAUGUUGCAUUUUUUUCUAAUAGAAUUAGACUUUGAACAUGUGUCUUAUUGUUUUAUGGGACAUUGUGCUACUUUAUAGUAUGUGCAUUAGAAAAAUAAGAUACAUUUUGUACUGAUGUUUCACAUGUGAAUGUCUUUGAUAUGAAAUCUUCUGAAUGUAAACAUUUGGCAUCACUGCAUCUUACGUGAACUGCACAGCUUGAUUACACAUGCUCACAGUGCAUCCAGUAUGCUACUAGCGGGUUGUUGUGGUCAUAUGGGACACUUUAGUCUUGAAAACUGCCAUAGAGUAGUUUCACUCGCUUUCUGUUUGCACCUGCUCUAGCGGAUAAGACGACACGCCUUCCUCAGAAGGAUUUUGGUGUUAAUGGUGAUGUUUUGCUGUCUGUACUGCAUCAGUACUUUUGCCAAUGGGGAAAGGGUAUUUUAUGUUUUUAAGUUCUUCCCCUCUUUGAGAAUUUACAGUGCUGUGACAUGCCAGGUUAGACACUGAAAUGUAAUAUAAGACAUAUAGUGUUCCAUUUUUAGCUGUGGAGCAAGCUGUAAUACCAGUUAGUGUGUACUGUGACUUAUUCUGUUUCUGGCAAAAUGUCUUUAUUGAGAACCCAAAACCUCUCUAGAGAAAACCUUGGAGACUCGCUCAUAACUGCAAACACAAACGCACACAAGCUCAUUUUUGAUUCUCAUUAAUCAUCCUACACUUUUAUGCAUUUGUCACCACAAACACACUGUAAUCAUAUUUCCACUUUGUAUGUGCGAUGGGUUUGGAGAUUUGUACACAUUUUCCUCAAGGUUUAGCCGACCUGUGAGUGUGUUCAUACCAAAUCUGCAUAAAUCAUAUACAUCGAACAAAAGCUAAUCUGCUGAAGCUUAAAUUCAGUUGACUUUUCUACUGAGACUGUGGUCAAGCCAGAGCCAUAUUGUGCCAUUUUGGCAUUUGCAGGUUUUACUGAUGACCUCCUUAUUUGAUGGGGAUGCAAAAUUGUGCAGCUGUCUGUACGGCUCACUCUGUGUAAUGUUGUUACUUCAGGUUUUGUUGUUUGUCCAGUAUGACCUCCUCAUUUUUCUGACACACACACACACACACUUUUUCAGACUUCUCCAGCCUGGCUCCUUAAAGGACAUUUAUUCAAACAGCAGUCAGGUGCCAAAUGUAGGCUAAAUACUGUAAACUCACUCACUUUUACUGUAAAUAGUUCUAAUCACAUUUGUGUGAUUCACUCGCCUCACACGUGGGUCUUUGUUGAACUUUGUAAGAUUUGGAAGUGCCUGGCACGGUGUUUCAAACAUCAGCUCUGUCAAACACGUGAGGAGGAAGUGUUUUCUGCUGUAUUAUUUCUCUUCGGGUUGAGUCACCUCAUGUAAACGCUUGUGAAAGCAGGAAAUUGUUUGAGCUUUUUGUGUACUUUAAUUUUAAGUAUUUCUUUUUCUAAAAACAAAAGCGGGUUUAUAAAUAAAAGACUA